AUGCGCAUCGCCAUUCGUGAGCAGCUUGCGGCCCUCGUCCUUCUCGCCGUUCUCAUUUCUCUCGCCAUCGUCUCCAUUCCAACAUGGAUCUACGUCAACCGUUUUGUCGUCGAUAUUGAGCGCGAGGGCUUGCAGCUCACAGCUUCCCUCAAGGCGUCCCGAAUUUCGGCAGAGCUCGACCUUGUUGAGACCAUUGCCGUGACCAUUUCGUCUCGAAUCCUGGUCCAAACUGCACUCACCAACCACUACGACAGUAUUGACGAUGCUGACUGGGCAGAUGCCCGUGAGGAUCUCGCAAGCGCACUUUCUUCUAGCAUAAACUCAGGCUUACUGCAGAUAAGGCUAUAUUCGAGAAACGGCACAGGAGCGCCAGGCGGUGUUUUACUCAAUGUGACAUCUCUUUCCGUACCAAUGAUCACACUCCCCUAUAAAGAUUCCUCCGGAACCGACGUCGUUCUGGGCGACUCUGAGCUGGGCUAUCCUCCGAGCCUUUUUCCUAAUCUUACAUUUAUCGAUCUUGAGCGAACCAGUACUCUACGGAACAAUACUACUGUUUAUGCUGCUGAAGCCUUCGACGAUGUCAGGAUCGCUCGCGAUGGGGGUUUAUUGCUCGGCCCUCUAGUCCUCAAUGAGUCUGCAUCACUUUUGUCCGUGACCAUUCCUGUUCGAGACAACAAUGACACUUUCAUUCUGGGUUAUAUGAGCGUGGUUACCCUUGCUCAAUCACUCACUGCGGUUCAGGAAUCUCGUGAAGGACUCGGGGAAACAGGUUCAGUUCUGCUUAUCGGCCCAACGGAUCGAUCUAAUCGCUUCAACAAGACCCAGCCGGCCAGCAACGCGACAUACACCCCCGAUCGUGAUAAAUUUGGCAAUGUUAUGGUUAAAUUCGUCCUCCCACCAAAGAGCCCAGAAGGACAAAAGGAUCUCCAUGACGUCCAUCAGUUUGUCAGCGAAUACGGCAAUAGGGCAUUUCCAGUCAAGAACUACCCAGCUGCCCUUGAUUCAUUUACUAAGCAUUACGAUACGGUCAACAACGCGAGUGCCCUAUUGAACACUCACAACGAGCAAGACGCCCGUGUUGCUGUUGGCUUUGCUCGAACUCAGACUCCUCUAGCUAACUGGACCGUCAUCGUCGAGAAAGCCAAAUGGGAGGCUUAUAAACCGAUCAACACUUUGCGAAAUAUUCUUCUAGGAACUGUCUUCGGCACAGUCGGUUUGAUAGCCUUAAUUAUCAUUCCUUGCGCCCACGUCAGUGUUCUCCCGAUUCGAAAACUCAAGGCUGCCACGGAGAAGUCGAUCAACCCUCCGGGCUAUGAAGACUCAUUUAUUGACUCGGAUUCCGAAUUUGGGGAAGAUAUUCCAAGCUCAGGGGGCAUAUCGCGGCGUUCGAGAAAGAAGGGACCUAUAGCCAAAUUCAUCCGACGGCUCCAAGGCAAAUCGAACGGGCCCAGCUCGAACCGAGAUGUGGCCCGACGCAUGUUCAAGAUCCCAGCCAAGGUCGACGAUCGAAGACAUUUUGUCACAGACGAACUUACUGAACUGACGCGAACUUUCAACGACAUGAGUGACGAGCUAGUGAAGCAGUACCUAUCUCUCGAGGUCAAGGUUGCUGAGCGUACUAGAGAAUUGGAGGAGAGCAAGAAGGCGGCCGAGGCAGCCAACGAAAGCAAGACUCUGUUCAUUGCUAAUAUUUCUCAUGAACUCAAGACGCCUCUGAAUGGUAUUCUUGGCAUGUGCGCUGUAUGCAUGGAGGAGAACGAUAUCGUGAGGAUCAAGCAGUCGCUGAAGACGCUCUACAAAUCAGGCGACCUGCUGCUGCAUCUCUUGGAGGAUUUGUUGAGUUUUUCCAAGAAUCAGAUUGGCCAGCAGCUCAACCUCGAGCUGAGAGAGUUCCGUUUGGCCGAUAUCCGAUCACAGAUCUUGACCAUUUUCGACAAACAAGUACGAGAAGGAAAGAUCAACUUCUCAGUAGAUUUCAUCAGCUCUGAUAAUGUCGACAUCAGCAGAAGCCCAGACCGAACGAAUGGCGAGACGAGGUUACCAGCAUUGGGACCCUACGGAACUGGAAGGCUCAAGGAUAUGUGCUUGUGGGGUGACCAGCACCGAAUACUUCAAGUUAUUAUCAACUUGGUGAGUAACAGCCUGAAGUUCACGCCUCAUAACGGCAGUGUUUCAGUGCGCAUCAAGUGUCUUGGAGAAACAGAGACGGCUAUUGAAAACGACAGCCGGGCAUCGUCAAUUUCGAAGAAUUCAAGAAACAACUCCCGGACAGGACGCCCUCGGCAACGUGGAAGCGCCAGCUCAGCACAUUCGGGUAAUUCAGGACGGAACUCGACACAGAAAUUCAGCGGUACUGGAACGGCACUCUCGAUCAAUCCCAUGGACCCGAAAGCGACACCUCAUGUGCAGGUUCGCGAAAGAUCGCCCACGCCGCCUCCUCCAGGUGCCAAGUCGUAUCUUUUCGAGUUUGAGGUUCAAGAUACUGGGCCGGGUAUCCCUGACCACAUGCAACAAAAGGUUUUUGAACCCUUUGUACAAGGAGAUCUGGGCUUGAGCAAGAAGUUUGGUGGCACUGGUCUUGGCUUGAGUAUCUGUCACCAGUUGGCCGGCCUUAUGGGGGGAUCUAUCAAGCUACGAAGUUCUAUGGGCGUAGGCACAACUUUCACUAUGCAGAUUCCGCUAAAAUACGUGAAAGACCGGACUUCCAGCACUGCUUCAAGCAGUGUCAAAUCCCGACCCACAAGCGUAGAUGCUAGUGAUUUGGAACCACAACGCACCGCACCUAAUACCCCCAAGCCUGCCGCCGAAACCAAAUCGGCUGGAGCUCUCAACCCCCAACCUCGAUUAGUUGGUUUAAGCCAGCCGUACUUCGCUGCCGAUCCGCCAUCCGUCAAGAGUACUCAGCAAAAAAUAGCCGAAAUCGACCGUGCCGUGGCAAACAAGAGCGGCCAGAGAGUGCGUGUUUUGGUUGCAGAUGACAACUCGACCAAUAUCGAGGUUGUCAGCCGCAUGCUGAAACUUGAGGACGUUUACGAUGUGACCAUUGCAAAAGAUGGUCAGGAAGCAUACGACCUAGUCAAAGCAACGAUGGAGAAGAAUCAGUCUUUCGACGUAAUCUUUAUGGACGUACAGAUGCCCAAUGUUGAUGGACUACAAAGUACCCGACUCAUCCGUGAGAUGGGAUACACUUCUCCUAUUGUCGCAUUGACAGCUUUCUCCGAAGAGAGUAACGUCAAAGAAUGCAUCGACUCUGGUAUGGAUGAGUUUCUUGCUAAACCCAUUCGACGGCCGGCUCUCAAGCAAGUUCUCAAGAAGUUUGCCACGAUUCCCGAGGAGCCGGAGAAUGAGAAGCGUUCCUCCUCGCUUAAGCCAAAGAUGAGAGUAAACGGGCAUGCCGUUCACCCACACGAGGCAGAGAACGGCGCACCGAAGGAGAAACACGGAUGA